AUGGCCGGUGUCAUCCGUUCGCCCUUGCAAUGGACAGACGUGAUGAGUCAUUUCGGUGGUCAUGUACACCGUGGUGUGAUUGCCAAUACUGCGGGGUUUCGAGAACCGCUCGCAUUUCUAAACGCGUGCUAUGUACCUUUUGCUCAAACCGUGCUCACCAAUCUUUCACAAGUAGACGGUCCAGUAGCGUACAAAGUGUGUGUGUCCCUGCAAUGUGACUUUUUGUUGGAUAAACGCAACCCGGAAACACACACGGUAGAGCCGAUUCUACAAACUAUUUAUUUAUCUCUGCCACACGCUGCACUGCUGACGCGCGCGGACAUUCUAGGCCCCAACAUCGGGGAAUGGUACUUCGAACACAUUCGGGAUGUGUUGAACGCGCGGUUUGACGAAUUCCACGAACGCGAGUCCGGCAAAGCCCUGCACGCGCUCGACGCGCUGCACGUGACGCCGCACACGUUCGAUCCUAUCCACGCAUCC